AUGAAUACCGGUAUUGAAAAUGAUUUCAAGUAUCUACAUAGUCGUAACCUUCAACAACUUCCCAACAACAACACCAAAAACCCUUCUCAAAAUAUACCCUACAAUUACCCGUCAUCCGAUGAAGAUAUAGAAGAUGAAUAUUAUUCUGAUGAUGAAUCUCAAAAUCAGUUAGAUUAUGAGAUCAACCAAUUAAUAAACCAACAAAACGAGAAGCAAUUCAAAAACAAGUUCAAACAAUUGGAAAACCAAAGUCUACAACGAUUCAAAUCUCAAUGGGAUGCUAUAAUCGAUAAAUAUAGCAAAAUUGAUGACUCUACACAAAGUGAUGAAAUCGAUAUCGUCACGGGAGAACUAAUAACCAACAAUGGACAUUUAGAUAAAUUGAAUCAAAAUCAUAAUCAAAAAGGAGACAUUACUAAGAUGGAUAUUUGGAGACAAGAUUACGGUCAACAAUUGGAAAAUUGGAGACAACGUGAUUUCCGAAUGAAAAAACAAGCUAAACAACGCAAAAAUGAACAACGACAAAUAUUAAAGAAAUUAGAUCUAUUUAAUAAACCAAUAUAUGGAUAUCCGAAAUUUGAAAAACUUGAAGAAAAUGAUUUUCUCAAACAGUCUCCAACAAAGAAUAAGGUACCAAGCGGGAUAGAGUCUGAUGAAUCACCCACUAAAAAGAGAAGAGUUUUCACUGAUAAAAAAGUGGUUUCUAAAAAUUCAAAUUAUUUAGAGUUUCUGGAUGAUGAUGACGAGGAAGUUGAGAAUAAGUCACUAUACACCAAGACUGUAAUUGCACAUGGAAAACUUUACAAAAGAGAGUCAGAUAAUGUGCUAUAUGGGUCAUCUGCUGAUACUUUUUCUCCCUAUAUUGAUAGACAGUCGUUUCGGCCAGAAUCCAAUGAACUACAAAGCGAAGACUCACAAGAUUAUGAAUCUAAUCUAUCGUCCGACAUUUCAGAUGAUGAGUACGACGAUGAAACUUAUCAAUCUAUAAUAAUUAAUGAUAAAAAAUAUAGUCCAAAAUUUAAAGAACAUUUUGAUGAAUCAGAAACCGAAUCAAUUUCAGAAACACCUCAACCACAAACUUCUUCAGAAGAAACACCUGGACUUUCAUCUCAAACUGAAGAAAUCUCACCGUCGCCACAUCCAGAAUCCAGUUUUGAUGACGAAUAUCUGAUUAUUGAGGAGCCUUACUAUUUUUUGGAUGUGAAGUCACUUCCAUUGCCCACUAUUUUCAAUUGUGCGUUUAUAAAAUGCCAUUAUUGUACGGGAAAUAAAAAACUAUAUGAAUUACAUCUUUUGCAAUCACACAGUUCGACUUUGGCAGAAAUGGGCUAUCCAAUUAAUUUAAAUAGUCAGAAUGCUGCCUACGAAAAUAGCAACACUGAUAGCGAUAAAGAAAACCAUAAGAUUGAAUUUACUAGAGACAUUACUGACGUUGAUUUGGAUAAGCUAUAUCAGGUAUUUCCAAAAACGUACAAAUUACCGCCACAAAAGGAAGCAUUAACUUGCGGCAAAGAAUUAGCUAAUGGACAAACAUGUCAAAAGUUUUAUUUGGUGCAAGAACAGCUCGAUCAACAUCAAGAAGCUGGUGAUGAAUGUAGUGAUAAACGUCAAGUUUUAUUUUGUCCAAUACUUGGAUGUGGAUACUUAACAGAUGGUGGGUAUAAGGAAUGGAGAGAGCAUAUGAUUACUGCAAACCAUUCUCAAGAAGAAACAGCUGAAAAAGAGACCAAAAAGGAAAACUUGGAAAAGUUGAUUUCUCGACCUAUUGCAACGAGAAAAGUAUCAGUGAAAGUACCUAAAUUUACUGAAACAGAUUUUAAAGUAUCUUUUAUAGACCAAGGAUAUGAAUCAAUAGAUGAAUUAUUCAAUUGA